ACCACAAUAAACAAAUAAAAAAAUCACAAGACAGUCACACAAAUAGUCAGCACAAGAAGAGUGAGAUAUAACAAUGUCUGGGAAAGAGUUCAAGCAGAUUUUAGAUACAAUAUGCAGUGGAGGAACGACAGAACCGAAUUGGGGAGGAAUAAUGGAGAUUGUGGAAAUGUUGAAAAGAAAGGAAUACCCUCCCAAGAAAGCCAGCUCUGAAGUUAGAAAGAAGCUACUUGAAUCAAAAGAGUCCGUUGUAUUAAAUGCCAUGUUUGUCGUAGAGGCAGUUGUCAAAAACACGCCUUCUUCGAUCCAUCGUGAGUUCCUCUCCCAGGAGCUCCUCACGUCAAUGAAGGCACUCGUUGAAAACCAAGACUCCGGGAUGUCACGGGCUAUAGAUAAAAUCCUGGAAGUCCUUGGGGAGUGGAAGGCAGCGUUUGGAGAAGACAGUGCUUAUAGGGGAGUAUUGAACGUCUUCACUGAGUUAGAGAGAGGAGGUUACUAUAUACCAGAGGCUACCAUUGCAUCAGCUAGUUACAUCAAAAAGGGACCAGACUUUCAAGAGUCUGAUAAUUGCUAUUUGUGUGACAAGAAGUUUAGCAAAUUGGGAAACAGAAGACAUCAUUGUCGUAAUUGUGGUAAGAGCAUAUGCAGGUCCUGUCAAGGUGAAAAGACAAUCGACUUGCCUCAUUUUGAUUUUGACGCUCCUCAAAUCGUUUGCAUCACCUGCUACAAGAAACUAGAGAAGCCUGAGUCGAGUGAUAGUCCGGAUGGUUCUCGCCCAGGCCCCUCCCCCCAGCCUCCUCCCUCUCAGUCUAAUACCGAGGAGCUUCAUUUGCAGGAAGAGGAGGACCUACAGAUGGCCAUUGCUAUAAGUCUCAAUGAACAAGAGAACAAGAAAAAGAAAACAAGUUCCUCAAAGCCAGUAUCUGAGCCAGUGGCUCCACCCACUUUUGCUCCAGCCCCGCCUACAACAAUUCCAUCAGCCCCGCCCUCUUCACUGUAUGGCCCAAUAUAUGCUGACUUGGACUUUUCUCAGGCCACACCUACUACUAGCACCGUGCCUGCUCCAAAGACAACUGAUAAAGGAAUGACUGAAUUUGAGCAAUACAGCUCACGUGGACAGCAGCAAAGGACUGGAAAUACCUCACAAACACAACUUCAACAACAACAGCCAGCACCUCAGGUCAAUGGUGCGUCUCCACUUUGCUCUACACUCAAUCGACUCAUUGAUCAGUUCAAUCAGAGGAUGGAGAACGUCUCUGGAAAAGGAUUGAGCAUCGCGACCGAUCAGGCCAUCCUUUCCCUUCAUCAAGACCUCACUGCUCUACACAUUCAACUCCUCCAGCAAAUAGACGAAACACAAGAGAAGAAAUCUGAUCAAGAGAGGUUCCUGCACAAGUUAGAAGAGUCCAAAGAAGCCAGGAUCACUUUUGAUACGAUGAAGAGGCGACACGAUGAGCAGCUACUCCAGCAGGAGAGGGAGCAGCAGGCACUGGCUCAAAUGCAAGUACAAAUGAAACUCGCUUUGCUCAGACAACAGAAAGCAGAGCAAAUGGCGUACGGUCAGUCAAUGCAGUCCGAGAGACUAAACCGUUUGAGUAAUCAAAGAGCCGAAUAUGAGAAAACACUUGCAAUGCAGAGAGAAAACGAGCGAUUGAAACUAAUAACACUGGAAGAGCAGGUAUACAAGCAACAGUUUGGAGGAGUAGGCGGAGGCACUGUUGGCAUGGAAACAGCUCCCUAUGGUGCUCCUCCUCCUUCUCUAUAUAAUGCCCCUCCUCCUUCAAUGGCUCCGCCUCCCCCUAUGGAGCCUUAUGGAGCUCCUGGAGCGAGUUAUGCAGGGCCUUUACCACCUAAAGUUGAUCCACCAACUUAUCAACCAAUCUCAGGCUACCAGCAACUCCCAGUAUCAGCCUAUUCUCAUCCUCCGCCGACUCAACCUGGUCCUCCGCCCACUCAAACUCUUCCUCCACCCACUCAACCUGGUCCUCCGCCCACACACUAUCAGCCCCCUACUUUAUACCAGCCACCUGAUCUCGGCCCCCCUCCUCCUCCUCCUAAUUAUUCUUAUUCUUCUCCAUAUGGGGCUCCUCCCAGUAUGGCUCCGUCUACUCUAGCAGCUCCACCAUACGGUCCUUCUUCAUCCACUGAGGUUCCUUUGUUCCAGCCAAACGAGGGGCUCCCUCCUUCAGAGAUACAGCGUGUUCCUUCAGUUCCUCCUCUCAUUUCAUUUGAUUAAAGAAGAGACUCUGCUUUUGUUCAUUGGCAUAAUUAUAAAGUAAUAAUAAUUAUUAUUUUACUGUUACUGUUGUUAUUGCUAAUCAUUAUAGGUAUUGUUAGUGUUUUAGUAUUGUUGUUAGUUAAUAAAUCUUUGUCAAAAUUUGUGAAAUAA